GGGAACGUUGGGUUCUGAAGGGUUAUGUUUCGGCGGGCUUUGCAGUUCAGCUCCGGCCCGGGCCUCUUAUUCCAGAGGUUAGGCACGCGCAGAAGCAGCUCAAUUCUGGGUAAAGUUGAAGUCGGCAGGGGGUAUGGUUCUUGGGUGCCCACAGCCUCCAGCUUUGUGACCUUCAGGGCCUACGCUGGCAGGACAGUGGGUCUGCUGCGGGAAGAGGGCUGGGAUGGAAAGGUGUCCAAGAUAAAGAAGACCAUCCAGUCAAUCCUGCCUGGAAAGACCCGGGAUUCACUUUAUAACACCAGCCAUCUGCCCCCUGAACACUCCGAUGUAGUGAUUGUGGGGGGAGGGGUACUUGGCCUGUCUGUGGCCUUUUGGCUGAAGAAGCUGGAGAAGAAACAAGGUGCCAUUCGGGUGCUGGUAGUGGACCGAGACUACACGUAUUCCAAGGCUUCCACGGGGCUUUCUGUGGGUGGGAUUCGUCAGCAGUUCUCCUUGCCUGAGAAUGUCCAACUCUCCCUCUUCUCGAUCAACUUUCUACGGAACAUCAAUGUACAUGCAGAGUACCUGGCUGUAGUGGAUGCCCCUCCCCUGGAUCUCCAGUUCAGUCCCUCAGGCUAUCUCUUGCUGGCUUCAGAAAAGGAUGCUGCGACGCUGGAGAAAAACGUGAGAAUGCAGAGGCAGGAAGGGGCCAAAGUUUGUCUGAUGUCUCCUGAGCAGCUUCGGAACAAGUUUCCCUGGAUAAACACAGAGGGAGUGGCCCUGGCUUCUUAUGGAAUGGAGGAUGAAGGCUGGUUUGACCCGUGGUCUCUGCUCCAGGGGCUUCGGCGAAAGGCCCAGUCAAUGGGGGUCCUUUUCUGCCAGGGAGAGGUGACACGUUUUGUCACUUCAUCUAGCCGCAUGGAGACUUCAAGUGGAGAACAGAUGAUAUUGAAAAGGAUCUAUGAAGUCCACGUAAAGAUGAACCACAGCCUGGAGUACCAGCCAGUGGAAUGUGCCAUAGUGAUCAAUGCCGGAGGAGCGUGGUCUGGGCAAAUCGCAGAGCUGGCUGGUAUUGGAAAGGGGCCUCCUGGUACCCUGGAGGGCACCAAGCUACCUGUGGAGCCAAGGAAAAGGUAUGUGUACUUAUGGCACUGCCCCCAGGGACCAGGCCUCGAGGCACCACUGGUUACAAACACCAAUGGAGUCUAUUUCCGGCGAGAAGGAUUAGGCAACAACUACCUAGGUGGCCGUAACCCCACUGAAGAGGAAGAACCUGACCCAACAAACCUAGAAGUGGAUUAUGAUUUCUUCCAGUACAAGGUGUGGCCCCAUUUGGCCAAAAGAGUACCAGCUUUUAAGACUCUGAAGGUUCGGAGCGCCUGGGCUGGCUAUUAUGACUACAACACUUUUGACCAGAAUGGCGUGGUGGGCCCCCACCCACUGGUUGUCAACAUGUACUUUGCUACAGGCUUCAGUGGUCAUGGGCUCCAGCAUGCCCCUGCUGUGGGGCGAGCUGUGGCAGAGAUGGUGCUGGAGGGCCACUUCCAGACCAUCAACAUGAGCCCCUUCCUCUUUAGCCGCUUUUACUUGGGAGAGAAGUUCCAAGAGUGCAAUAUCAUCUGAGUGUGGAAGUUCUUCCCAGGGUCCCACCAGCCUAGCUGUCACCCUUGCUGCACUCACUGCCCGAGUCCUCCCAGCACUGUGCUGGGACCUCAUCCUCUUCGCUGCCAUCUAUUCAUCAUAGCCCACUCUGCCUCUGUGUGCUAGGCAGGUCUGUGAGCACAGGCAUUGAGGCCCAGGCCAGGAGAAAGUAAUAGAGCAGGACCCUAGGACUGAUCUGUGGCCCAGGCUGAUGCCACUCACCAAGGCAGUCCUGCUGAUAUUCUGAGCACCAUAACCCAGAAUUGACUCCUUCCUGGGACUGGCCCAGAAAGAUGGCCUUUGACCUUCUGAGCAGAACUCAGGCACAGAAGCAUUCUGGGAUGGCCUGCCCCAGAUUUAUUGACUUAAUCUGUUACCUUGUUCAUCAUUCAAUAAAUGUGAUUAACUCCUUCCUUCCCAGUCUUAUAUUCUACUUUUCUUCCCAUAGUAGAAGUUUGUUUUUGUUGGGACUGGGACUUAAACUCAGGGCUUUGUACUUGCGAA